AUGAGGCAGCAGGAUCAGAUGUAAACAUGGCGGACGUCGGCAGUCAGCAGUACUCUAGCUCGGACAGCCGCGAGGACUCGAACAGCCAAGAUGAUUCUAAACAACAGACGACUAAUGUAUUCCGUAACGAUGGUUCCUUUAUGGAGAUGUUCAAGAAGAUGCAAGAGGACCAGCGGAAGAAGCAGGAGGAUCCCAAAGUGGCGGGCGCAGGCUCGGGCUCGGGCUCGGCGGCGGGAGGCGAUCAACCCCACAGCGAUCCGCCCAGGAAACCCACCCUGAGUUUUGUGGGCAAACGACGGGGCGGGAGAAUCCUGGCCACAGGCAUGGUCAAGAAGCAGCGGCGUGAAGCUGUCUCAGAGGAGCCGAAACCAGUGGAAGGUGGCAAGACUGAUGCCUGGUCACAGUACAUGAGCGAGGUGCGCAAGUACAAGGAGCAAUCUUGUGAAGAAGAGGGCAAAAGACGGCCGUUAGUGAAGUGAUUCCCUUUGCAACUCUUAUGUGGUUAAAAACAAUUGUUAUCUUCCCUAGGUUGAGGAGUGUGGUAUUGGUGAAGUCACUUAAAACACCUGUUACAUGUUGGCACACCAAAGGAAAAUGGACUUACUAGCAUGUACAAUUCAAUUUCAUAACCAGUGAAGUGGUCAGAGCCUAAAUA